AUGAGGAUGCGGAAGAAGCCUGAUCUCCGAAUAAACAUACCAUCCUAUCCACAUGACUAUGUGGAGAUGCCACAAGAAACAAAACGAAUGAUUCUCAAAGCGCAUCGUACACAUAGUGACGAGAAAAGUAAAGACGAUGAUGAGGCGGGAUCUUCGAAGGGUGGCUUUAUAAUUGGUAGUCCACUUAGCCCUAAAGAUAAUGUGUUAGGAGAGCUCCGAUCUCCAACUCCUGAAAUUAAGUUCGAAGAGCCAAAAGAGAGUAAAGAGGAUAAGGAAAAAGAAGAUAGAUGUUCUGUUAGUAGUGAUAGUCCUGUUGUUUAUAGAAGUCAGUUGACGCGAACGCCUUUCUCGGCGCCCGAUAGGCUGAAGAAUUAUGAGGUGGAGGCUUUAAGGAAAAAACACAACGGUAUUCCCGAGCAUCAUCAGAGCACAGCAUCAGAUUUUAGCGAUGGAGGCAACGCAGCUGAUGAUAACAACGAGGCGAUUUCCGAUGACGAGCGCGCCAAGACCCCUCUCAGGUCUUCUCGUCGUAAGUCAACCGCCCCCAGAAGAUUGGGCCGCUCCGAGUUCAGUAUGGACGAUGAUGAGUACUCGCCGAGUAACUCCGUCACUUCAGUCAACUCGCUCGCCAGCUUACUGAAGGAGAAGCUACAGAGCAUUCCGCAAAAGAUACGUAAGAAGCCGACAGACUACAAGUUGCGUGCAUUCGUGGGGCUCAUGUUCCUCGCGAUAGUGUUCUUCGUGGGGUUCGCUUACGUACUGUAUCAUCAGCAAGCUCUCACUAAGGCUUACUUUGAGAGCGUGCAAUUCAAUGAACCAAAGAGGCUCGUCAGGAUUUUUAAUAAGGAUGAAAUGGAGAUAUUAAAAGCCAGUUUAGCUGUGAAUAUGCAAGGCAAAAGCAAAGCGUUCCCGUGCCUACCGGAACACCGGAGAGGCGACGGGUCCGAGUGCAUGGAGUGGCUGCGCGAGCUGCGACUGUACCUGCGCUGGCUGCCGCACGACCCCGGCCUCGACAACACCACCUGCUACAACGUGCACUGGGUGGCGCUACGAACAGAUGUUACGCCUACGGACUGUUUUGACUGGAGCGAUACAAAAGUCAACUGGUAUGGAGGUGGUCAAUCCCUAAAUUUGACCUGGCCAAUCAACACAGGCUCUAUAGACUUUACGCCGUUCAUAACUGGCGACAUGCAGAAAUCUCAAUGGAGUAACGUCUUAACACGGUACUUCAUUAACUCGAAAGGCGCAGCGUUAAUCAUAGACGAGAAAACGCCCCUCUACGUCUCGAUUAAUAGAGGCAGAAAGGAGAUAUGCUUGAAAGCGAAAUACGACGAUUUUGCAUACGUCAACAAGUUAACGGAGUUCCCAGAAAUGAGAUAUAACAUUUGCACGUCGAAGGAUAUAAAAUCUCUUCAUUCAUCUAUACACAGCCACAGACGAGCGCCGUUGUGGGAUGGCUUGAAGCCGAAAGAUAUGCAGACCCUAGAAUCACUAAUAUCAGAGCCCGUGUGGCAAAUCGCACCCAGGUUCAAACACGAGCUGAGUGCGGAAACCAUCUCGAAGUACACCGAUGAUGUCAUCAAUUUAGGCUUCCUUAAACAAGGGCAUGUGUUAAUCAAUGAAUUCUGGCAAAGUGAAAUUGGGGAUUUUUCGGUUGACAGAAGUCGAUUCGAAACAUUGAAUGUGACCGUUGACAAAUUACAUAGAAGAGGUUUCAAAGUGACUUUCACCGUGCAACCUUUCGUUAGUACUGAAAGUGAAAACUUCGCUGAGAUGGUGCAAAAGAGAUUAUUGGUAAAUGAAAGGAACGGUGACCGUAGGAUACCAGCGUUGACCCGGUUCAAGUCUUCACCGAGCGCUGGGGUAAUAGACAUUACUAAUAACAGAUCGGUUCCUUGGAUAUUGGAAAGACUUCAGACUGUAAUAGACGAGUAUUACAUAGAUUCGUUCUAUUUAGAUCUGGGCACAGCUUACGAUAUGCCACAUUACUACCAAUGCGAGAGACAGCUCAUUAAUCCAGAUGAGUACAAGACAAUAUUCACAAAAAUCUUUGAAAAGACGCUGGAUAUAAUAGGUGUGUCAUCAGCGGUAACAUUACCGAGACCACCUAUUUUUGUCUCUUUACCGCCAUUCGAAUCCACUUGGGAGGCGUUGAGACAAGUCAUACCAGCGAUGCUUACGUACGGUGUCAAUGGCUAUCCGUUUAUAAUGCCAGGAGCCGUUGGUGGAGACAUCUACUGGCCCGGAAGCGAACAGUUCCUACCCUCGUCUAAAGGUCUGUUAGAAUCCAAUGCGACAAACUCGACUCAAGAGAACGGCAUCAAAUUGCCCGAAAGGGAGUUGUACAUGAGAUGGCUGCAAAUGGCGACGUUCUUGCCCGUGAUGAAAUUUACGCAUCUACCGAGUAAAUAUAAUGACGAGAGAGUGUUGGAAAUGGCGAAGAAUUUGACUCUGUUGAGACAAAAGCUGAUAACGCCGCUGCUGCUGAAGUAUAAGCGCGAGGCGUUGGAGGAGGGGUUGCCGCUGAUCCGUCCGCUGUGGCUGGUGUCGGGCGGGGAGGGGGGCGGCGAGGCGGGCGGCGUGCGCGACGAGUUUGCGCUCGGAGACGAGCUGGUCGUUGCGCCCGUGUUGCACGCCGGGCACAGCGCGCGCGACGUAUAUCUACCGGCCGGACUGUGGCAGGAUGGUAUCGACGGCUCGCUUCGCAAGGGCAGUCGUUGGAUGCACGACUACAAGGUUCCCGUCGACCGCGUCGCCUACUUCCUCAGGAAACCGGACGACUUGAGAUUUAAAUAA